AUGCCGGCACCGUCGCUGUUGGCACAUCUAGAUGCCUCGAAGGACUCUACCGCCUUGUCCCUGGCGUAUGCUUCCGUUGGUGACGAUGGCUGCACUGCCAUCGCACGCUACAUGCGGGAGAAUGUCAUGCUACGGACCUUAGACCUGCGAGGCAACAAUAUCAGAGCCGAUGGUCUCGUGGUCUUGGCGCAUGGGCUUCGUACAGGCGGUGGCAACAUGACGAGUGUGUGCUUCAAGUGGAACCAGAUUGGAAGUCACCCAAGAGGCAUUCAGGCAUUCUGCGACGUGCUGAAGGAAAAUCAGUCCAUCACGCACGUCGAUUUGCGGAAUAACAAGAUUGGCACGGAUUGCGGACCAUUCCUGGGCGACAUGCUCCGAGAAAAUUGCACCUUGACGCACCUGGACCUUAGCUGGAACGACCUCGGAGUGGAGGGCGGAAAGGCCCUCUUGGACGGCCUUCAGGCCAACCACUCAUUGAUCGAUUGCCAGCUUAGCGGCAACCGCUUGGCCGAGGAUACUUUGCAUGCCAUUGCUUUCAUCCUCCGAAGAAAUCGGCAGACGGCGCCCAUGGGAGCGAGCACUUUCCGGCAGGAGCGUGCGAUGUCACCUUCGCAGGAUCCGGGCUCGCCCAUGGGUUCGCCUAUGUCCCCGAUGUCUGCGCACGCUCCGACAACCCCGGCCUCGCCAGGCUUCGGCAGCACCACGCCGGCCUCGCCUGGCUUUGGCACGACCGGGCGGUCGCUGAACAUGACCAUCGCCUCGGAGGCGCAAGAGCUGUCGAAGCAUGGAUCACGACAGUCAGAGCACCUGAACACCUGGGCCCUGACGGGAGGGCCCGCCAACUACGAGCCUUCCGCCUCUGACUCCGGCCAAGGUGCCCUGAAGGGGACAUUGAAGCUGCUCCAGAGAGAGCAGAACCAUAGCAACGUCGAAGAUGCUCGCUUCUUCGGCGAGGCUGUGCAUCAUAGUGUCACUGACCUCAGUAUUGACAAGUUUGCUUUUGCUGCAGAAUUACGUUUUGGAAUGUUCUCAGCCGACUUCGCUUUGCGGAUGCAGGUGGCCGAGUACAUUGAUCUUCUUCAGCUUGAUGUGGCGCGGAACAAGAAAUAUCGGAUGGAUGCCGAGGAGCGCGAGCGUGUCGUGACCAAAGGCUUCAUGGAAAGGGAGAUGCGCUAUGCGCAGGAAAUGCGAGAGCUCCGUGGCCGCAUUCGCCGGACAGCACUUCGAGAGGGCAUGUGCAGAGGGAUUAGAGGUGAAACACGUCCUGACUCGUCGUCGUAG